AUGAACGCUACUAGUCGUUUUCCUUUUGCCAGUGAAACCAUCUCCACCAACAAUGUCAACUCGGGCCUGCGGCCCUAUGACAUGUUAGCACCGGGAACUUUUUCUUCGGGUCUAGGAAUCAAGACCAUUGACCAUUCUAACAGUCGGAAUAAUUCCACUUCUUCUACUACUUCUUCCCCCUGGUUUACUCAAAACAACGUUGUGGCCCAACCGGUGCCCCAGAUGCCCCAGCAACAACAACAACAACAACAACAACAACAACCGCCAGCCCAGCAGCAGUUUCGCCCCCAGCAGGGAGCUACUGCAAUGCAGUGGGUUGGCCCGUCUGAAAAUAGUAGCCCUAAAUCAUUGACAGACUCGAGUUCUGUGUAUGAUCUGUCUCAAAAGCUGGAGGAAAAAGAGGCAACCGUUCGUGAGCUGAAGUUGCAGGUCGAGGCACUCAUGACGGCCAUUGCGCUGGGGAAAACCUCGGAAGUUGGUUCUAUGGACGGUGCCGAGCUUGUCCAUCGGAUGCUCACUCGGCUCAAGAGCCUGCGAAGUGAGAAUGAAAGACUUAUGGCUCUUGCUUCGCAUAACCAUGCUGCUCGCUUGGAGAUUGAGCUUGAUCUCCUCAAGCAGGAAAACUCAGCUCUCCGGAAGCAGCUGUCGCAUUAA